AAGGCAAUGAACACUCCUCAUGCCUUGAGGAGAAACUCCUUCAGAGCAGCGUUUGCGGGGCUUACAACAGGGAGGGCCCCUCGCGCCCUGCCUCCCUCAGCAGGACUGAAGGGCGUUAAUCUGCGGGGGGCCGUGUUUCACUGUUUUGACUCAUUCGACUCAUUCGAUGUUUUAGGCCCCAGGGUCUCCUUCCGCGCCUUCCUCUCUGUGCUACGCGAGGCGCAUAUCCCUCCGCCUCGGCCUCCUCACCCCGCCUUCCUCCAUUGCCGCGCGCGUCAAGUGCCCGGAUGGAAAGCGUCAUGGCCGCCAACGGUGACUCGUCGGACUAUGGCGGCGGGCGAGAAUUUUUAAUAUAUUGAAUCCAAAAGUCCUCAAACCUGGUUUUUAUGUCUCUCAUCUUCUGGGAAAAAUAUUGAGCAGAUACUAAAGAAUGGAAUUGUAAUUUUUCUUUAAAGAUAUACUACAUUGAGGAAAUUAUCUGACAGUAUUUCAGCACUGAGAUCUUUUAAAGAAUACUGUGACAGGAUAUUAGAGAAGCGUGAGAAAAUGCCAUCUGAACAGGAACCAUCUUGUAUUCAAGAAACCAGCUUGUUGCAAGAGAAAGUGGAUAGAAUGUGUGCUCCUGCAUCGGCUAUUGCUGUUGAAAAGUCUAUAUCUCAGCCUGCAACUUCAGAUAUUCUCACCUACGGACUAAAAGAUGUGAAAAUAGAGUUGCCCAGAGUCAGUAUCCCAAAUGAAGUGGUAUCAAAACAUGAAAUUGAAAAAUAUAUGAAUUUGUUUCAAUGUAAAGAGAAGCCAGUAAGGACAUCUUUCACUCAAGUGGAUGGGAAUGGAGGCAGUUUACACUGUUCUGAGAAUUAUACUCCAUGUAAUAAACUAGGACUGCAUUAUGAGGAAGGACAGAAAACUUCAGCGAAAAUACUAAACUUUAGCUGCACAAAAUGCAAAAACAACAUUAGGUACAGCCCAAAUGAUCUACAGAAACACUUCCAACUGUUACAUCAUGGAGAAUUGCCAUCUUACCCAUGUGAAAUGUGUAAUUAUUCUGCAAAUAAUUUUCAGUCCUUUAACCAACACCGUCGGACACAUCGUAGCACUUUAGUGAAAUGUGAAAUCUGUAAUGAUGACCACCGAUAUACUUUGUUGGAUCUGACAAAACAUUUCACAUCUAAGCAUUGUGUAAGUGGCCAGUUUCAAUGUGAAAGAUGCAUUUUUUCUACCAGGGAUGUAGGCACAUUUGUUCAACACAUUCAUAGACACAAUGAAAUACAAUAUAAAUGUGAUACAUGCAAUUACGUAGGUUUUUCAAAAGAGGAAUUUCAAAAGCAUAUGGCUUCACACACUGGCAUGUUUCCCUUCACUUGUCAGUAUUGUAACUACAUGGCAUCACGGAAAAACUAUCUUUUAAAACAUAUAUUUACUUUACACAAAGACCGCAUCUAUUCAAAAGAUAAAAUAGAUGCAGUUAACAGUGAAAAGAGGAUGAAAACUUCAACAGGACUAAAACUUAUCUUGAAAAGGUACAAAACAGGAGCAUCAAGGAAGGCAUUAUGGAGACGCAAAAAAAUUACAAGUAGUUGUUGUAGAAUUGGAGAUGAAGAUACACAGGUUCUCAAAAACAUGAAGGAGAUUCAGCCCAAAUCUGAAGAGUUAGACCAAUCUGCAAAGGAACCUGCCUUAAAUGAAAAUAACACUCUUGUAAAUGAAAAGAGUAUCUAUAGCAAAACAAAAUCCUCCCCAGCAGUACAGUGUAACAGAGCAGAAGAUGGAUUGGGUUCUGGACUGGGGUUGUUGAAAAAAGCUGUUCAUGGACCUACAGUAUUGAUGGUUAAAAAUAAUAAAAUAUCUGUUCCUGCAAAUUACAGUGCUAAAUUUAUGGGAUUCAAAAUGGUGGAUGGAAAGCAACAUAUAGUGAUAAAACUGCUACCUACUGAUAGACAGAAUUUGCCUGCAAGAAAUGAAGUGAUUAAAGACUGUUCAACUGGAUGUCUACCACAGUCAGUUGACAAGCCAAGUUUUGCUUCAGGUACUAGAUCUCAUGAAAUUAAUCAAGUAUCUAGGAAUUCUGUAAAUUCAUUGACAUCUCCACCAGCAUUUUGUAGUCAGUAUUCAGGAAAAAUAAAGCAAGAAAGUAUGAGUUCUUCGAAUUGGAAUGCAUCUCAGACUGUUGCCCCUGCUAAUGUACUGGUAACAAAGCGUGCAGUUCAACUGGCAGUGAAUCCAGAUUCUUCAUUACCUUGUGAUUUGGUGGCAAGGGCUGAAACCAGACAUCCUGUUUCAUGGAGGAAUUGUGUAUCUCAGGACCAUCCUCAAAUUUCAACAUCUGAUGGUACACACAUGCUUCAUUAUGAUCCCAUGAAGAAAUCCUUUCCAACUGAGUUCAAGGUCUUGAAUGGUGAAGUGAACAACAGCAGUAAACAUAAUAAUCUUUAUUGUCCCUCAAAUGAUGCUUCUAAUCAUGCGCUGUUGCCAUUCCAUAAUUAUUCUAAAAUAGACAUUUUGGAUAAAUCUACAGAUUUGAUGUCUAACAAAAACUUUCCUCUGCCACAAAGGUCUGCCAGUGAAACCACAGCUUGUGUUUCUAAAUCAGCAUCAGGAUUAAAUUUGGAAAAAAGAUCUCUUUAUGGCUUUGUAAAUUCAGAUUAUUCUCCAGUAUUCUCAACUAAUGAGCCUGGUUAUGCCAUUGAUAGGCAGCAUUGUGCUGAAAAUCAUGAACACCCACAAUAUUUAAAUAGUAAGGUAAAUCAAGUAUUGGAUCAUGUAGCUGAAAAGUGUAAACAAGAAAAUGCCUCAAAUUGUGUAAAUUCAUCAGUCAUGCCUAAGAUUACAUCAGUUUUCUCACUCCAAAGUAAUCACGCAUCCAACUAUCUGUCACCUGAGGUAAAUCAGUCAUUACAAGAUGUAUUGAAAGGACAAUCUGUUAUACAGCCACACAACUACACAAAAGCUGCCUAUAAUCAGCCAUUUCCAAACAAUCAUACAGAUGGUAAAAUACUUACACACUUCAAAGAUUCAGCAGUUGUGUGCAGUUUAACACAUCCCCCUGCUAAAUUCAAGAGAGAGUUAAAUGUUAACUGCAAUACAACUAAUGAUGCUAUGAACUUUAGGAAUGGACGAGACCCAGUGACAUCUCAUAGAAUAGAAGAAAUAAACCCUCCAUCAGGGAUAGCAGGUAUUGGUAUGUUGCUGAAGACUCAAACAGAUUCAGUCAUAAUGCAUCAGUUGGCAAAAGAGAAAACGCACUACAGUAUCCGUAGUGCCAAUAUUGCCCAUUCAUCUCUUCCAGAACAGAACAAAUCAGUGGUAAUUCAGCCAUCACCAAAUUUUUUUGUACCUUUGCGCCUUGCCCACCAACAAGGGCUGCAAGUUAUUUCAGGAACACCUUCUCCAAAAACGGGUUCAGAUCCUCAGGCAACACAUGGUGCAACUACAUCUUUACUUUUAAACAAAGGACCUGGAAUGAUUUUGACAUUUGGUGGUGGAUCACUUGGAACAAUUGCAAAUGCCACUGAAAAUAAUUCUCAGGUUUUAGAUAAAUGUGUAUCUAAAGAGUGCAGUAAAGAGGCAGUAGAGAUGAAACCAAACACAGACAGUUUUAAAAAUGUAAGGAAUUCUGCAAGUGUUAGUGUGUGCAGUGGGACUGCUGGUGCUUCAUCCAUUAGCCAACCACGAAAGGAGCAACUUAAUCUUACAAAUUCAGACAAUAGAAUUUCUUCUCUGAAAAUCCUUGCUGGAUAUCAAGGCGGUAAGGUUGCCUCUUUGGAACCAAUGAAACACCCAGAGAUUGGACAAGAACAACCUGUGUAUGCACUUUUGCCUGAUGGCAGACAAGCAGUUUUUCUUAAAUGUAUGUCGUCAAACAAGUCACUCAUACAGAACCACAUUCACAAUCCUGCUGAUAGUCAAAAUACUGAACCAAAGAAACCUGGAGCAAUGCAACAAAAGCUUUUUUUGAAAAUAAAGACAUUUCCUGCUGUUGACAAUUGUCUCCCAGUUAGCAACUUUGUGUCCUCUUUACAGUUCACUAAUACGUAUUCCCUUAACGGACCUGCAGUAGACCUGAAACGGUCAACUCUUUCUUCUAGUGAUGGUUUGCUCUUAUCACAUAGAUGGAUGCCAGCAAAUGCUAGUUUGGCCAGAGAUGAAUCCAUAGACCCUUGUACUUCCAUGGAGUCUGUACAUUCUUCCAGGCAUGCAGAAAUAUGUUCAAAAAAGCGCUCAUCUAGUUCAUUACAAACAGUACCUGCUAACAAAAGGAGUAGUUUUGGAAGCCAAACAUCAAGGUCUAUGGCAAACAGAUUUUCAAAAGUUAGACGUCAUUCAAAACAAACUGGUGCUAAAGUUUCUGAUGCCACAGUGUCGCAAAAGAACCGGAAUCUGAAACGGGGAGCGAGGGAAGACCUCAAAGAGCCUCCCAGAAAGAAAACAUUGCAUCGAAAGUGUAAGAUGAAAAAUCAGAUGGAUGUAAAUGAGUUUGAAUCAUUGCUUCAUGCCCCCUGUAGACCAAGAGCAUCAAAAGACACUGAAAGGAUUCUAAAGUUGCUUCCUUUUAAUUCCAAACAACUUGUCAAAUGCCCCAGAAGAAAUCAGCCAGUUGUAGUUCUAAACCACCCAGAUGCAGAUGUUCCAGAAGUUGUAAAUGUUAUGAAGACUAUUGCAAAAUUUAAAGGACAUGUACUAAAAGUCUCUUUGUCAAAGAGAACUAUUGAUGCUCUUUUGGAGCCAGCGUAUUACAGUAGCAGUUUGUAUAUAAUUGCUGACGACCUUUCUCGAAGAAAACGUAAAAUGUUGAAACCUGUCAGUCCUGUCAAAGAAAGGUUUGUUUUAAAAUUAACACUGAAGAAAACAAGCAAAAACAAUUAUCAGAUUGUAAAAACUACCUCUGAUAAUACGCUGAAAAUGAAAUUUAGCUGUUGGUUUUGUGGGAGAAUAUUUGACAAUCAGGACAACUGGGUAGGGCAUGGACAACGUCAUCUAAUGGAAUCUACUCGUGACUGGAAUUCAUUGGAGUAAUUUAUUAUGAUUUAUAAAGAAGUCGAAAUAGAGUAUCUGACUGCAGAUUAUUUUGAACAACAGCGUCAAAAUCAUGUUUUUGGUGUUUUUUUUUAAAGGAACAAGUUUUGUAGUAGCACCUAAAAUGAACCUGUAUGAAUCUAAAUUAAAUAGUUGCAAUUGCGGUUUAAAUUGAUUUUUGCUACUACUAUUAUGUCAUAUAUUUGUAUUUAGAUAAUGAGUUUCAGGGCUUUUUUGUUCUGUACAUUUUUCUAAAAAAAAUCAAAGUGUGUACAUAUUUUUGUACUUUAGUUAUUUGCUAUAAAAUCUUGCACAGGAAUUGUAUUUUUCCAGCUCUGUGCAUGCACUACUAAAAUGUUUUUCAGCUACACACAGCUAUUGCCGUAUUUUUCCUUAAUCUUAACAAAAAUAAAUAAAAAGGACAAAACUUUUCUUUUCCAGGGAUGAACACUGUUGUUAGUAAGUGCCUAAAAGAUGUGAAGCAGUUUACUUUGUGUCAACUGUAUAACCACAGGUCUACAUGGGGCCAGGUUUCCUUACAGUUUCUUUUAAACAAAGCCAUAUGUGAAUGCUUUAAGCUAUAUUGCUAUGCACAUGACACUUGUACUUUUUCUGUGCAUCUUGUCUACUUUCUUAGUGAGAUAUUUUUUCAUAUAAAUCAAUAAACAUGUUACUGUGUUUAAACCUGAUAAUGAAAUCAGUUGGAAGUAUAAAGUAUUCCUAGCUCAUAGGGUCUAUUGAAGAAAGUCAAAAGUGAAUAUGAGUUAUCCCCACUAAACCAGUAUAAUUUGUCUUAGAAGUUUGAGGAAUUUUGCUACCUGUGUGCAAGACUAUGGCACUGUGGUUAUGGUGUCAUUGGCUAGAAAUCAAAUUCUAACCUUUUGUUAGAAAUUUUGUUUUAUUGCUAGAUUCUCUAAUUUCUUUCUUAAAGGAAUCUUUCAGGUUUGGUUUUCUAAGUACAAAAAUUGAUAUCCCAUAAUUAUGAAACAUUUGACAUUCCACACAAAAAAUCUCCCACAUUUGGCAGUCUUUCUAAUAAAAAAAAUACAACUGUCCUGCAUUGACCUGACCAUUCUGCUGUGUUUUAGGUUGUGACAUUUAAUUUACGCGAACAAAAAUGCUUUUGUCCCAUGUUGUCAAAUAUCACCAAACUUAAUUUUCUUAAGAAUAACAGUACAGCCUUGGCCUUGUUAGGUUGAAAGUAGAAAUGAUGUUGGAUAUUUGCUCAAACUCCUCAGGCUUUUGUAUUGAUCCACAAUCUAGAAAUUGUUGCUCUCUUAAGCCUGCAGUUGGACAGAUGUUUUAACUUAUGAGAGGGACUAAAAUAUUGUAUAUUUCAGUUUGAUGGCCAGAAAAUUAUAUAUUGGGCAUUUAAAGUCCCAGUUACAAGUUUUUGUCUUCCCUUCUCCCUGAAGGAAAGAUAAUUGAAUCCAAAAAAAUAAGUAUUUUCUGGCCUUGGAGUUAAAUUCAUACACUAUGUUCAGAUAAUUUGGGCUGUAGCAGGUAUUGUCCACCUAAAAUGGGAAAAGAGAUACACAGGCAUUUUCCAAGAUUUCUUCCAGACUUGAGUUUUAUCCCAGAUAGGUGAAGUCUGAAUAGUCAAUAUGUAUAUAUAUCCUGUGUGUUCAGAAAAUAGAAAACAAAUUGUAUUGACUGAAAUGAUACACAAACAAAAUUAAAUUAGGAGCGUAAGGGGAGGGUGAUUUCAUUGAUACCAGUUUAGGUUAAAAUGCAUAUUGUCCACUAUAGAAAAAUUAGGGUUAUCUAAUGGUGAGAAUCAAUAUUUUAAUGAAUUGAACAGAAAAAAAAUAAGAAUGAGUUGCAUCAGUCUCACAUGUGGAUCUGAUUUUUUUUAGUGUUUAAAUAGUUCUUUGACAAUGAAAAAUCUCAGGAAAAUGGUGUAUUUUUUUAAAAAAAUGCAGUUCAGGAUUACCUCUUCAGAUUUUCUCCUGCACAUGUUUGGUGUCAACAGAUUUGUUUUAUAGAAAUAUUGCUCUAUAAUUGUAUUGAAUAAUUUAAAACCAUAAGUAAAGCACAGGUUUUUAUUGUAAGAUUAAGUUGCUGAUAAAGAAUCUUGGUCUUUGUCUCUUGAGCUGACUUCUUCAAAUAUGUAAUAGUUUGAAUAUUCUUUUAAAUUGUGACAGAAUAAGUUCCCUAAGAAGUGUAGAAUGAUGCAUUGAUUUGUGUGAAGGGCAUUCCAGUUUUUAUACUCAUAAUUAUAUUUUGUAUUUAUAUUAAAAUCAUCAUUACACAGGGCUCAUCUCAAAUUUGAUUAAAAGUUGAGAGAUACAUGGAAGAACAGAAAGGAAACGAGGGUUUUUGCCAGGCUUUCAAAAAUUAGUAUGCCUUCCACAAUCGUUUCAACCACAUGAAUUGAGCUGUAGAGCGGCCAAGCAGUGUGUUUAUAAUGUGGCCUGGCUUCUGUUCUUUGUUAUAGUACAGCUACUCUUAAUGCUGCAUGAGUGGGUGUAUGUAAGGUGACUGUAAUUAUUUUUGCCACUAAUUUUUUUGUAAUAUUGCUAUUAAAUUUUAAUUCUUUGUCACAGUUAA